AUGAGCGACACCAUUACACUCAUGUGCCUUGUUCGCGGCGAGUCGUCUGAUCACGCAUUCACAGUUAGAAUCAAUAAAUCAGAGUUUGUUGCAGACCUCAAGAAAUUGAUAAAGGCCGAGAAGCAACAACCAUUUGACGGAAUUGAUCCUGACAACCUUACGCUCUGGAGAGUGUUUAUCCCA